GAGAGUGGCCGAAGUAGUAUUUUUGGAUGGACAGAUAUUUCCCACACGCACACUAAAUUGCUCUCCAACUUCAUUGUCGCUGAUCUUCGAUCGUCAUGACACUUCUGUGACAUCUCUCUCACCCACCCAACACUUGCCGCCUGCCCUGAUGCCUCAUAGCCUGCACUCCCACUCCGGGCAAUUCUGCAAACACGCGGUCGGAUCCCUCGAAGAAGUUGUUCUGGAGGCAAUUCGGAGAGGCUUCGCCGUCUACGGGCUAACCGAGCAUGUGCCGCGAUACCGGAACGAAGACCUGUAUCCCGAGGAGCAAGGGAUCGAGCCCGCAGACCUCAUGCUCCAGUUCACGCGCUUCCUGGACGAGGCGCACCGGCUGAAAACGAAGUACGCGGAGCAGAUCACGCUGCUGGUUGGGCUGGAGACGGAGCACAUCACGCGCGACGACGUGACGGGCCUCGAGGACCUUUUGCGGAAACACCACCCGCGCGUGGAGUAUCUCGUUGGAUCCGUGCACCACGUGAACGCCAUUCCGAUCGAUUUCGACCAGGCGACUUUCCGCAAGGCGGUCGACAGCGUGGAUGCUGGUAGUGGUGAUGGGCAUGGAGCCGAGGAUCUGAGUCCUGGAGCCAGUGCCGGUGCCAGGGGCAAGGACGAGGCCUUCCUCAUUGCGUACUUCGAUUCCCAGUUCGAGCUUCUGGAGCGCUUCAAACCCGAGGUCGUGGGCCACUUCGAUCUGUGCCGGCUCUACACUCCUUCGUUGAGUUUUUCGGAGUUUCCCGAGGUGCUCGAUCGCGCGCGCCGCAAUAUCAUGUAUGCCAUUGAAUAUGGCGCGCUGUUCGAGGUCAAUGCGGCUGCCCUGCGGAAGAACUGGGAGACACCGUACCCCGGGAGGGACAUUCUGGAGAUCAUUGUGGCGAGUGGGGGGCGUCUGACACUCUCCGACGAUAGUCACGGACCACACGCUGUCGCGCUGAACUACGGCAAGAUCCGCGGCUAUCUGCGGAGCGCAGGCGUGUCUGAGCUCUGGUUCCUGGAGCGGUCCGUCGACAUGGCGCCAAACUGCGCCGGCAGACAUGUUCGCCCUGAACGAAUCAGCGGAGACUGGGCCGAGCAUCCCUUCUGGAUGCAGUUUCAUUCAUAGAUUCUCCCGUUGCGCGAACAAGUUCGAAAUCAGGGUCGCCGCAGUAGGAAAGCAUUGGAUGGGAGCGCGAAAUAUGAUGCGAUGUUUCUGUGAACGUGUGAAGCUCCAACAUGCUCUGAUGAUGAGUAUCCAGCUCGGCGAUGUUGACUUUUUGAACCGGAGUCCUUAUCGCCCUCCGCAUGAAGUAAUGCCCAUUCCUGAUCACCGCUCUGACACCAAGCAUGUUCCGAACGUCUAGAGCGACAAACAUCUCGGCCAAAGGCCUUGAUGCUGGACGCGGAGAAACCACAGGUUAGGCCCCACGAAACGGAGGUUCGCGAUGAGCCUCAGUUCAAGAAGAGGUCCAGCAAGCAGCCUGCUCUCGAUUGGCGCAAUGGUUUGCCGGCGAUAGCCGUCGCCUGUGGCCAUCCGCGAGCCUCGUUAUAGAUAUAAAGCCAGGGCUUUGAGAGCUCUGACCUCACUGGUGUUCAAAAACCCAUUUGCAUUCUGCCGCAAACUUGACUCGGAAAUGUGUUACAAGACGAUCACGUAUAUUCUGUACGCUUGCAACCACGAAGAGACGGAUGGGGUCGUCUCGCAGGAGGAUUGCGGCAAACAGCGUUGCGCAUUCAGCGUCCGACACCCGACAGGACUGCACGUCUGCAGCUCGAUCUGCAUUGAUAGCAUGGACAGUCGCCCCCGCCGUGUCUUCGGCGGCAGAGUCGGGACGUUGUGCUCCAGGUGCUCGGGUGGAAAGUGACGAUGUCUGCCCAAAUUCGCAUCAGCGCUCUUGUCACAUUAAUUCUCAAUAAAGGUCUCAAGUACUCACGAACAUUGUAAAGUUGCACACACCAU